AAGUAUAUUAAAGAGUCUUCUGUAGAAUCUCUUCGUAUUACUGAUAGUACUAUUAAAUUUCUUGAUAGGCAAGGAGACCAGGUUCCUAUUAAUUUAGCAUCAGAAAUUAAUGAUAAUUUGUUAGAAACUCGUAUGCCUCUCUUUAUUAAAGAUCUUCACCGAAUCGGUGACCCUGCAAAAGAACUCUGUAAGGUUGAAGGUACAAGUUUGGAACCAACAGAUAGAUUAUCUUUGUAUUCGGAUUCAACUCUGUCGUUGGGAGAAAGAUUAGCAAUGUAUAAUUGGGAUGAAGAAGUUAAAAAAGAAAUGAAGGAUCGAUUUACCUAUCGAAGUUAUAAGAAUGCAUUGAGGAUUACCCAAAUGAAUAUUAGAAAUUUUAAUGUAUUACUGGAAGAAGCACGAUUAGGGAGUCAAAAGGGGAUUGAGCAAUUACUAGCCCUUGAUUAA